AUGUUACUCAAGGCAAACAGAAUUAUAGAUAUCCAUCCGAAUAACAUCUUGGCGGGAGUGGAGGAUGUAUCUGUUCUAACUAUUUUGGAGCGGGAUGAGCUGUCUUCGCCAUCCCCUCGGAAACAAGAUGGAGACCGCAUCAUCUAUCUCUCUCGUCCUAUGUUUCUGACCGACGGAGAACCGCUGCUCUCAGAUUUAGGAGAAGCGCGCUUGGGCCAGAGCCACAAGGGAACCAUUAUGCCUUCGUUAUACAGGGCACCGGAAGUAAUACUUGGCCUUGACUGGAACAACAAAGUCGAUAUAUGGGGCUUUGGUCAAACCAUAUGGACGAUAUUCCAAGGUUCACACGUAUUUCGGAGCGAGAACAUGGGAGAGCUUGACAAGAUGCAACGAUUUGCGGAAAUGACAUCUUGCCUUGGGUCCCCUCCCCAAGAAUUCCGUAACCGAAGCCCGGAAUGUGCAGAUUACUGGGACGAAAAUGGAAACUGGAGAGGCUCUGUUUCCAUCCAUGGCCAGUCGCUCGAGCUUCGUGAGAAGCAGCUCGACGGGGAAGAAAAGGAGCAAUUCUUACGUUUAAUGCGGAAAAUGUUGGCUUGGCCGCCGGAAGAACGACCCUCGGCGGAGGAGUUGCUUUACGAUGAGUGGAUAAGGGGAAACGAUUAUUAA